AUGGCGGUAUGUGCUUUAUGGGUGAUAUGGACAUCUCGGAACAAAUUUAUACAUGAGGGGAAAAACCAAUUAGGUGGUCAAAUUGCUAUUUUUGUGCAAAAUUAUUUAAAUGAGCUUGAUGGUCUAAAAAGCUUCAUACCUAAAAGAAGGAUCUGUGUGGACAGAUGGAAUGCUCCGGUGGGAUCGAGGCUGAAAGUGAACUUUGACGCAGCUUUCAACAACCACAAUAAAGAGUCGUGCUCUAGAUUAGUGAUUCGUAACAGUAAAGUAGAGGUCAUUUGCUCCAAAAUAGAAAUGAACUCAAAGAUACUGUCCGUUUUUGUAACAGAAGUAGUGGCGUGUCUCCAAGCACUGAAGCUUGGGUUACAGCUUGGGUUGAGGGAGGUGGAGGUUGAAGGUGAUUCUCGGAAGGCUAACAAGGCAAUAGUAAAAGAUAGGAGGUGGACCGAGGAAGUAAGAAAGGAGAGGAGAAGAAGAAAUGAAGAGGCUGAAAAAAGUGUUUUGAUUUUUGAUUAA